CCGAGAUUGAGUACCCCCCAGGAGAGAUUCGCCCCCAGCAAAAUUAUCGCACGAAGUCCUCCUGCACAAGAAAAUUAUUCCGGUGAAAGAGUUCUUUCCCAAACUCCACCAAAAACGAGUGACAUGCCAAAGGAGCGACCUGGGUCACCGAUUUUAAGGAAUGUGUCAAAAGACAAACCGGGCUCCCCUAGUGCGAGUUAUAGAGUGAGGGACCGAUCGUCAUCUUCAAAAAUGAUAGGGCGAGGGGAUUCUCCGCAUGGAAGCGUCAAAACAAGUCUGCCCUCACGCCGGAAGAAGGCUUUCAAUCCUUUUCGGCAGAGCGACGAGGACGAAGUAUUGGCAAAGCGAUCUCACAAUCGUCGCAGAUGGAGCCAUGUUUACCCAGAAGGAGAAGUGGAGUUCAAAAGACAUGCUGGUCCCAUUUGGAAUAGUUUGACGUCACCAGCCAUCUUGCCACUUUCCGUUGACUAUUUCCCAACUCCUCAGGAGUUAAAAGAUGAAAAUGCGUUCCAAUUCAGUUUUUAUCAAGUCACUCUAGGUGGUAUCGAAAACAACUACUACGAGAAACAUGCAGAUCUCCUCAAGGAGAUGGUUAGACAAAGAGUUACGCAAGAUUAUCAAAUUGUUACUGACACGGCUAUUGGCGAGAGCAAGAAAAGGGCAAACGAGUCGCUCAGAGAAGGUCAGUGAAAAUGAAAGCGCGAAAAAAAUUGAAUAAUUCUGUUUCUCACUCUUCUAUUUGUUUCUAUCAUAGGUCGUAAUGCUGGAAAGCUUCAAGGAAGACCGACAAGCCGAGUGGACACCUCCCCUAGAUUUCUGUCAUUCAAUGAACAACAAAAAAUUGACGGAACGAAACAUCACUAUUUAUCUAUGGGGCAUAAAAUUCAAGUAAUGAAUUACGACUCGAGCUCCGACACUAUUGAAAUCGUGUUGUACAACAGAAAGAGUGCACAAAACGACCGCGAGAAUGUCAACACAUACAAAUUCCUUCUUUUCUCAAAAGUCACGCAGCAAUAUACCCCAUCCAUUCAAACGUUUAAGAAGUAUAGCGAACCUUACAAUUGGAACAGGGUUGACAAUCUGAUAUGUGGUGAAGCUGAUCGCACCAUGGACGUUGGAAUGAGAUUUCGGAGAGUGAUGUUUGGAUUGAUACCCGAAGUUUUUCGGACUGAGGAGGCUGAAGAAGAAUAUGUUUUGAAUUUUCAAAAACUUUUAUCAUAUCUCGAGAGGCUCCGAGACAAGGACGGCUCGCCUUCAAAAUUGAAUGUGGAAAUCAUAACGACGAAGUCAAAGAAAGAAAAAGCGAAAGAUACCUUUUCAAAUACUCGAAAGGAUAUGACUGAUACUAUGAUACGCUUUCCAGUCCAGUUGUUACGAGGGAAGAAGGAUCCCUUUGAAUGGAUUGAAGUAGCAAUAGGCGCCACGUUCGACACGACUACUUCUUAUAGAAUUAUAUUCAACUGGCUAGUUGCUAGUUCAACUAAAGUUGAAACCCAGAUACAGCUUCUACAACGACGGUUUAAAAAUUUCGGAUUGAAGUUCAUUAGCUUUCCGCAGACCACUGUUUCAUGGGAUCUAUUCAUCCACGCUGUAAGUGCAUGGAAAAGCUUUUCAACUCACAAACUGAUAUUUUUUAUCAUUACUUACUCUUUUCUUCCAUUGGAUCACCUUAGCUUGCCGCGCCGACAUUCAUCACAGUGAGAGAUAAAAAGAAAACCCAAGCCAUCGAGAAAUCGCUGCUUAAACUCGACUUCGUACACGAUGGUGUAACAAUCACAAGUCCACAGUUCCUAAAAUGUAUUGACAAUAGUGACGAUUUCCGGUUUCCGCGCUUUCAUCGAUCUGGAAAGCUGAAAUCAAUCCCUUCCCCUCAAUUUGUUCAUCGCUCCGGUGCUAUUUUCAUCCGCAAAUUAACAGAUCGUGAGGGAAAAGUGAUCUUGGUCGGAAUUGAGAACUAUCGCCAUGCUAGUGUUGAGAAUAGAUUCCGAGAAAUAGCAAAGUCUGUGAUUGAGAAAGUUUCUGAUAUGAUUAAAUCACUCCCUUCAGGAAAUGAUGAUAACCAGGAAGCAAAUGGCAUAAAAGAAUCUGGAGGCAUCAAAAAUUAGUUUCAAAUUUACUAAAUUUACAUAAUUUGA